AUGACCUCUCAGAAACAGAGUUUCCCGUCUUUUGCCUCGAUUUUUUCUGUUGUAUCGAUUAUAUUUUACUGCGCCGGUUUUCUGAGAAUUGAAUUGGAGCUGAACGAACAGAAGAAGAGAAUACAAGCCCUUGAAAGCAUCGAAGAGACUAAAUCACACGCCAACAUUCUUGACCUCGUAACAAAGAGCAAGGGAAGCACUCCUGGUAAGUUUUGACAAAAAAUACUUAAAAAUGCAAAUUUUCUUCGAGAUUUCAAUGCUAAAGACAUCUGCUAAACGAACCUGCUCGUUUAGUCAUUUUGAAACGACUGCCGAACAAAGAACCCAGCUCAACGAGGUCGAUACACUUAUUUCUAGUUUUGUAUUGACGUCAGGGGCACCCAACGAAAAUAUAGUUCAAAACCACUUAAACAUAGAAUUGUUGAACGUAUUUUAGUAUUUAAACGGUAGAUACAGGCAUAUUUUCAUCCCCUAAAACUUUUUCAUCUGUUCGGAUUUCCUAGCUGAAAGGGUAGUGAUCCAAAAAUUAUGGGGAUCAAAACUUACCUGUUCAAAAAUUUCAGCUAGUAAAGGGUCCCGAAAAUUCUAGGUGAUCUUUUUAGGGUAAAAAUCCGUUAAAAAUGGGCAAUUAUACCAGUUUUUAGAUGUUCGAAAAUCCCAAGAAAGGCAGGCAAGCAAGAAAUUUUACAACAAAUGUUCCGAAAAUUCUAGAUCUCAAAUCGUCUUCCGAACAGAUAUUUUCCAAAAAUCAACGUUGGGUGCCCCUGUUGACGUGAAUCGUUCACCCGCCGAGUCAAGAGAACUGAUAACCGCCGUCAAAGAUAUGUCUUCUCGUGAAGAUGACUUAUUUCUAUUUGUUGUUACUGCUGUAGUCGCAUAUAAGCGAUCGGAGCGCGCGGUUUGAUAGAUUCGAAUAAAUAAAGCAGUGUUAUUGACUGGAUCUUAGAUUAAAAUACGUCUUAAUUAUAUAGUUAUGAUAUUUACGGCGUCAGACACCUGACAUGAAUAACAGCGUGUUCCACUAAUCAAAGCCGUUAUUUUUAGGCUUGCCCACCGAGGCCACUCUAAGGGUAGGGGACAUAGACCUCGCUGAUGUGAUCUAUUUUCUAUCAUCACGAAAAAGUUCGAUUGGAUCAUCCGUAUGCCUUACCAAAUAGUUCUUUUAACCUGUUUUCUAUGUGAACGGCAGUAGCUAUCGUGUUACAUUUUGGACUUAACAAUAAAUCAAAAGUUAGAAACGUUCAGCUUGUGGACAAUACUAACCAAAGGGCGCGCGGCGGAGCCUCCAUUGCUAUAGGAGAUGGAAACCUGUAGAUGCGAGAACAUUUGGUUAUAAUGUGAGCGUACGACCGACCGACCACCCGUACGGACUGGCAGGAAGGGACUAAGUAGAUUCUACAGGGGAGGAGACGGGGAUCCCAGGAUUGCAGCUUGCGUUUGUCUUGGUGAAACGUUUACCAGUUCACCCAGAGGCAGCAGCUGGAGUUUUUCCAGUAAAGAUAUUGAAUUUCGUUUGUUUUACUUCCGAAAAAAAACGUAAAAAAUAUAGUUUUAAGCAUGUGCUUUUAGCUUGGUCACACUUUUAAAAUAUUUUCACACAAUUGUCCAUUCUGGGCCCGAUCGAAACAAAACAUAGUAAGGUUAUGGCGAACACAAGAGUCGGCCCAAUUUUUCUUCUAGUUCUUUUCUAUUUAUUAGGGAGCUUUAGCAUCCACGACGGCGACGGCAAAGAGAACGUCAAAAAAUAAACAAUAGGUUUACAAAAAAUAACAACUUUGCACGUGCAUCACUCUUUUUUUGUACACUUCUUUGUCGUCACUGCACGACUACGAAGUGAAAAACUGUGUGAAAAUGCCUAAUUGUACGUUUUACGGAGGCAACGACGAAUUUUUUCGUCCUCUUUCUAGACUUGAGUGCGUUCCCAAAGAAAACAAGCCCUGGAAAAUUCGCCUACAUUUGCCAUUUCCAGCUAAUUGGAAUAAACUCGACAAAUUUUGGAGAAAAACGAAUUCAUUUUAAAUGUGACGUUUUCGCUGCCGUCGCCUUCGUCGAUGCUAAAGCUCCAUAUUGACUCCAGAACUCGGAACCUGUAAAUUGGCUGCUACCAAAGAGUAUCGUGCAUUAAAAUGCUUUUAUCUUGAUAGGAGAGUUUUCAUUUUAGGUGUCUCUGUGGGAUAUUUGUUCUUUAUCAACCAGCCCUAACCUGAAAAGGAGGAUUCGUUUCAGUGGCUUAAAGUUUAUUAUAUUAAAGUUAAUUGUAAGAAUACAUAUAAACGGGGCCUUCGCUUUUAGUCCCGGCUAAAUCUAUUUAGUAAAAUCCAACUAGUGGUCUAUUAUCAAUGCUGCGUUCUGGUUGGUUGAGCUACUACUAGGCUAUAUGUUAUAGCACAUUAGUAGCGAAAAGCGCGGGCUUUUUGGCGGCAAAAAGAGAUUAAGUCUAGCUUUAACUAGCUAAAAUUUUUUUAUUCGCGAUAUUUGUGACCAACUAGUUCGAUUUUACUAAAACGAUUAUUCCUCUUGCCCUCAUCAUACUCAAACCUCAUGGCCUCUGAGUCAAUAGCCCAUUCGGCCUUCAGCCUCAUGGGCUAUUGACUCAUAGCCCAUUUGGGCUCGAGGAAUAAUUGUUAAAUAUUAUCUUUUAGCAGCAUUAUCAUCGCUGCUAGCAUCGCAGGACCCGGCAGGAAUAAAAAGCGAGUAUGUUUAGCGGAAAACUGCCUUGCGACGGUAAUUGACAGGGGCACCCAACGUUAAUUUUCGGAAAAUAUCUGUUCGGAAGACGAUUUGAGAUCUAGAAUUUUUCGGAACAUUUAUUGUAAAAUUUCUUGUUUGCCUACCACUCCUAGGAUUUUUGAACAACUAAAAAAAGGUAUAAUUGCCCAUUUUUAACGGAUUUUUAUCCCAAAAAGGUCAUCUAGAAUUUUCGGAAGCCUUUUUUCUGGCUGAUAUUUUCGAAAAGGUAAGUGUUGAUCCCUAUAAUUUUCGGAUCACUAGACUUUCAGCUAGGAAAUCCGAACAGAUGAAAAAUUUUAAGGGGAUAAAAAUAUGUGAAUAUAUACCGUUUAACUACUAAAACAGGUUGAAUAACGCUAUGUUUAAGUGGUUUUGAACUAUGUUAUCGUUGAAAAAGAUUUCAACUGAACUGACCUUGAUACGCUUAUCAACACUCGCUGAAACUAGUUUCUCAACGCUGUUACAGCACCAAACCCAGCUAAAAAACACCAGGAACAUCAAGCGUGUAACAACAUGGUGAGUAAAAACGUUUUAUUGCUGAUCUUUAACCAAGACUAUCAGGUGGUAUACACUGGCCUACUAAAUGCGUAAGAAAAUCAAUUAUUUCUCAAUAUUAUAGUGCACUGAAAGGGAAGGUAACGCGAAGGAAAUUGGGAAAAAAUAAACGAUAUAGCUGUAAAUAAUUAUUGUCUAAGGCACUAACCUUAAACUAAAACCACCCCUUGACCAGUAAAUUGUUUGGUGCUUGACUUUCUUAGUUUUGCUGACCAUAAUGUGACGGAUUAAUUAUUGCUUUUUUUAGACCCUCAGUCCACCAAGCAACGAAGGAAAAGACGCUCUGCUGAUAAGAUCAAGAACAAGACGGACAGUAAAAACCUAGAAACAACAAUGCAAAAAAUUUUGUCAGAAUUGAAACAACAUCAUUCAUUAUCACAGAGUGGCACGUGUCUUCCAGGCCCUCCCGGACCACCAGGUCCGAGGGGAGAGAAAGGGUCCAGGGGCAAAAGAGGACAGAAAGGAGACCAAGGUAUUGUGGGGUCGCCUGGAAUGAGCGGCAAGCAGGGUAUCAUUGGACCAUCAGGUCCAAAAGGAGAUGUUGGAGUCAAGGGACGAAAAGGAGACAUGGGACCUGCAGGCAUGCCGGGAGGUAAAGGAGAACCUGGUGAAUCGAUUUCAGCUCCUGUUGUUGCUGUGUCUCCUAAAACGCUCACAGUUAACGAAGGUGGAUCAGCCUCGUUUCAGUGCUCAGUGAAUGGUAAUCCUAAACCUGUAAUAAAAUGGAGUAAACUGAAUAGUCUGUCACAAAUGAGUCCUUCAACGGUAUCAGGAGGAAAGCUGCUGUUAAAAAAUGUGGCAGGAAAUGACGCCGGAAAAUAUAACUGUUCAGCGGUCAACAUCUUAGGAAAGGCGCAUGCACUGGUACAACUUGUGGUAAAUGGUAAGUUUGUUGUGACUCGGGUGAUUGUAUUGAUAGAAAGUCGUCUUUUGUUAUUAAAAACUAAUUAACAUAUUACUCAAAAAUAUUUACACCCUUCUUUUUUUUCCGCAAAGGUUGCUGCAAAAGAGGCCUCAGACAAAUUUAAAUGCUGAUGACUUUUAAAAUCUUUUUCAUUUACUUAAAUGAAUGAUUGCUCUAAAAUACUAAAUACCUAAUAGAUACGUACCUUUUUUAGUUAGGAAAAAAAAAAGCCUGAUAAUUAGAAGUGCUCCACUUAUUCCGUGGGAUGCCUGUGGCACUCCCACGAUAAAAAUCCGGUUAGGUUGUACCCAAAAUUGCAAAGCCAGCCAAUAGGAUUGCCUAAAAUCUUUAUCGAUUAUCUCUUCUUCCAAGCCGACCAAUCAGAUUGUACAAACUCUGUAUCGAUUUUUAAUCGAUUUGCUUCCUCUGAAAAACGUUGAAAUCAGAACGUUCCUUGCCAAACUUGUCGCUGUUGAGUUUUCCCACUCGUCGUUUAGGAUGGCUUGUUAACCAACGAAAUCCUUCGGGAUACUGGCAAGUCACGAAAGGCGACCUAAGCCAAAUUAUUUCUUCCCUUCAUGAUUCUUUUUUGUUUAGGUCUAGCUUUUUCAUAAGGUUUUAGUAGCGUCUGGUUGCGGGCCACGAUUUCCGAUAGAUUUCUCUAUUCGGAGUUCGCCAGUUUUUGCCGAGCACAGCUAGAGUUCAGUUUUUUUUUCUUUUCAUAUCGAAAACACCUUGACGAUGGGAGGUUAAAUCGCCUAAAUUUUAACACGUACCCUUGACGAUUGGCGGUGAAAUUGCGAAAAUAUUGACCUCGAUCGACGACUCGCUUUCGGCAUGGAUUGGACUUCUGGAUGGGACAUGGAUCAGGACCUAAGUAAACUUAUUAUACCUUGGAAUCAGGGAUAAUCAUUGGAACUAUGUUAACUUUGAGACCUUGGAAACACAUUGCAAUUAAGGCCCAGUUCAGACGUCGUGUUUCUGCCGUGCCGAACUUAAUUGUAAUUUUGUUCGACUGUAGCACGGCAGGAAAACAACUUUGAUUCAGACGUCGUGCCAGAGUCGAACCAAAUUCAGGAUUUACUGAUGCUUCGUAACAAUUUUUCUCCCAACUCCCCGUGGGAACGCAAUCUCGCCAAAAUACAUUAAUAUAAUUUAUGAAUUUUGUUUAGCGCGGCAGAAGCACGACGUUUGAAUCGCUGCCGUGCCAGAGCCGUGUAGCACGGCAGCGCUUGUCGAACUUAAUUCAAAAGUUUGAUUCAGACGCCGUGCUUCUGCCGUGCUUUUGUCGAACUUAAUUCCUGAAUUUAGUUCGGCACGGCAGAAGCACAACGUCUGAACUGGGCCUAAGUUUUAACCGCAUCAAGAGCAUCUUGGAAUAUUAAACUUUCAUCUUGGAUUAAAACAUUGGAACGUUAUCGAACUUUGUAACCCUGAGUUCGACCCUGGAUAAAGCAAGCGGAUGUUUUGUUUUGUUUUGUCCCAUUAACCUAAAACUACAAUGUUUAUUUCUCUUUGAAAAAGUUACCUGUGGCAACUUACUACCAAGAUAUGACGUAUCUUUAUACAUAUAGCUCCUGUUCAGGUUAAUCAGAGAGCAUUAUGCGCAUGUUCUCCAUUACUUGUUCCGUUAACAUUCCAAUUCACACGGGUAAACCUUGUUUUGAUGCAAAAUAACUUCUUUUUCUUAUCCAAAUCGUGCUACGAAAAUAACUACAUAGCGAUGGAUCAAAACAAGAUCAACUCCAUCCUUGCGACCACUGACAACUAUAAAUUUAGCUUGCGUAGCUGAGGUGUCAAAAGGGGUAGGGGAUAGGGAGGAAGCAAAAAGGGGAUGUGGAUUGAGGAGAAAUAGUAGCCUGCCACGCAGGCUACUAUAAAUUCAGUCAUAAGCACAUUAAACCAACCCAUACAGGUAACUUACUCAUCGAUGCUCAUAACAUGACACAUCUUUCCGGUUUCCCUAAUUUUUCCAAAUUCAGAUAGAACGCCAUUAUGCUUCCACAGACCAACGCAUCCCACGGAAAUGACUUUAGGCGUCUUGUUGAGCUAACAAGCCAACCGGAACCGGAAGCUGCUUAUCUGUCACCGAGGUCAAGUGUUCGAACGAUCAAAAUUGAUAUAUUUUUCAGGCUUUCUUUUGCCAGCUGGGAAAGCUACGGCUAUUACCGUGAUGAUCGAUAUCGUCUUUUACAUUGUAUAAUCUCGCUUCUUUUGCUGAACCCUGCUUUCUUGGUGUCUUUUGGGGCAAUGAGCAUCUCAUUUUAUUCAUGUAAGACAAAUAAAAGAGGUGAAGUUCCUCUCAAAAUAUUAAGUGCAUAUUUCCGCAAUUUUCAGAACUUGUGUUGUCGAAGUAGGAACAGCCUUCGAGUCCCUAGUAUCACAGAAAACUUUCCGAGUUAAGCAUCGAGUGACGGUAAAUUUAGCAAACCAUGGUCUGAUUUUUUUCCUUUUCACAGAGAAGUCGAAAAAAAAUAUAAUAUAUUUCUUUAUUUACGGUCGUUUUGUUGUUGCUUGAGCACUUUUGUCUAGACUAUAGUCUAAACUAAUAAGGAAUUUUUUCAGUAUCGUUCAGAUUUCAUCACAUUUGAUGCUGAUUCUAGUUUCAAAUUUCACAAUUUAAGUAAUUUUCUUUGCAGUUCGGCCUCAGGUUUCCCUUCAUCCGGGACCUCAUCACGCUAUUGAAGGAAGUAGUUAUACUCUCCCAUCCUGUCACGUGACUGGGUAUCCCGCACCAGUGGUUUCAUGGAGAAAGUCAUCCGGUCCAUUACCCCAGGGACGGGUGAAGUACGACAACAGUACAUUACAAAUUCUACAUGUUCGUAAAGAUGACUCUGACCUCUACUUCUGUGUGGCAUCGAACCUGCUAGGACGCGUUGAAAAGAAAACUUUCUUAGUUGUUGUUUCUCCUCCACGAUUCUCUGUCAAACCACCUGCUAAAGUAAUCGCAGGGGUUGGUGGUAGUUUGAAGUUAAAUUGCAGCGCUACUGGUGAUCCACAGCCAGUCAUCAGCUGGAAAAAACAAGGAGGGCAACUGCCAGUUGUGCGGAGUCAGCAGAUCAAUGGUUCUUUGGUAAUACGAGGCAUAACAAUGAAUGAUAAAGGGAUUUACACUUGUGUUGCAGUAAAUGCAGGAGUGUUUAAGUCGGAGACUGUUACCUUCAUUGAAGUUAAGAAAGGUCUGUUACAAGUCAUUUCUAUAGUGUUAUCUACAGUGUUAGAGUUAAACACUGUUUGACAAAUAAUGCAAAAGCUAAAGAACAAUAACUGAAAAUAUCUUCCCGGUCACAUCGCAAGCGUCAUCAUUUCGACAUUUUCCAAAACAGCGGCUAAAGAGAAUAUGAAGGGAGGAUUACAAGGAUUUGAGAAAAAGUGAAAAGUUGUCAGUUGUUUAUAUUACAUAAUCAAAAUCAGCAUACAGUACAGAAACACUUGACAUGAAACACCUGCGAGAUCAUAGGUUGUAUCAUUUGCGAUAUGAUAACAUUUCUUUUUGUAAUUUAUAGUACUACUUUUUAUAAUUCUUGUACGUCCUCGAAAGAACCUAGCGUGCGAGCUCUCGGAAGUUAAUAGUUUACCAGCAAAAAAGAUAAUGUAACCCACAUUGAGAGGUUAAAUAACCACAAUGUUGGUGGUUCUCUGUACCUCGUUGCUCAAUUGUUAGACAGUUUUUUUUGCUUCAAUUGUGUCUUAUGAUAAACGUCCACACAGGAGCCAUAAUCGGGGUAGGAGACCGCAAACGCGGGGUUCGAAAUAAUCAAAUGUUCUAUUUUUAGAACAAAUUGCACUACCCUCAGGGACGUGUAAUUAGAAAAAAUAUUAUAUUAAAGUAUAUUUCUAGGAAAUUCUGCCGUUAGACGCUGGUUGAAGCCGGUGGAGCUGUAUUUAUCAUGAAUUCGAAGAGAUAUUUGAGGGAAAUUAGCCAUAAUUAUGUUGUCGUAGUUAACUUUUCGCCGUCCUUUUGGUCGCAAGUAUUUUUUUUGUUUCGUCUAAACAGAGAUAUUCUUACCUCAAAUUCAAAGGAGGCUAUGUUGACAGAAAUGGAAUUUAUUCAUCUCCUACGGAGAUAUUUUCUAACGCCAUUUUGUUUGUUUAUCCUUUGUGCGGCGCCGUCGCAAAAAAUGCGCGCGCGUCAUGGCUCAAUUUGUGCUAACAAAAGCACUUUUGACUAUUUCGGUGGAACCAACCCCAUCAGUGGACAAGGUAUCUCGUUACAGUCUCCUACCCCGAUUAUGGCUCCUGGUCCACUGAUGAAUAUAACUAUAGCAAAAGUUUUUGUUUUUUCUUCGAUUUUUUUCUGUAUAUUUUCAGGUGCUCUCACUUCAUCCAGUAUUCUUGGCAGCCUUGAUAGCAAGUACUGGGAUAAGUUGAAUUCAUAUUUAGACCCAGUCCUUCAGAGUCCAGGUCGCAGCAGGUUUGUGAGGUGUUGGCACGCCAAGACAAAUGGUUGGCUGGCAUCAACAUUCCACAGUAACUGUGAUGGAAAGGGUCCCACUGUAACCAUCGUCCAAGUCGGUAGUUACAUAUUUGGUGGAUACACUGACAAGUCUUGGGGUGGUGAGUAUCUGAUUUCAUAACAGACUUAAUCGGAAAAAUUAUAUAAUAGAAUGCACACUUAAUAAUUUGCCCUGCUAGCUUUGUGACUGGCACUUCUACUUUUGUAACUAGCAGUGAUACUUAAUAACCUUUCAUGUAAUGUGACAUUCAUUUGACUUCUUGUUUAUUAGUCCUGGUCCAAUCCUAGCAAGUAUCAGUUGUCUGUGUCGCACACAGUUCAUGUUAUAGGUAAUGUACAGUUCAUUGCAUAUGGUGUAGAGCUCUAUACUACAGAGUAUCUUUGAUGGAAAUGGUCCCACUGUAACUAUUGUUUUUGAAACAUCGUCACUUAAAGCCCCUCCACUGGUAGCCGGAUAUUUCGAAAACGGAGCUAUUCUGCCCGUUUAAAAAAAAAAACGCAUCCACACAUAGUGUAUAUAAAUCAUUCUAGCCCGUCCACACGGUAACGCUAAGACGAUGGUAGGAUAGAAUCCCUCACGGGGCAUGCGCUGUAUGACGUAUGACAUCAUCGUUUUAAAAGAAACCUCCGUUUUCUUCCGUCCACACGACAGCGAUACGCCGGCGUUUUUUUUACAAAAAUUCCACUUGGGACUGUUUUCGAAAACCUGCGUUUUUGGUGCCCGAACAAUGCUGUUACAGUGUGCUUGUGGACGAAAGGCUAAAACGGAGAAAAAAUCAGUUCGUUUUCAAAAACAUCCGGGUGGAUCUGGACAGGACCUAAGAGCAAGUAAGUAAAUAUUAAGUGUGGUUACACGUAACAACAUGGUGAAUGUUUAGCGUGGUAUAACUAAAGGUUAAAUUUCCACCACAUGUUGUUUGUAGGUUCAGGUAAUUUAGCAAAGAAUAGCUUUCUUGCCUUGGGUUGCAAAACUCCCUUGCCAAGUUAGUACCACGUUAAAAUGUUCCGGGCACUUUCUUUGUUCUUUUUGACGUAUCCAUGGAUAAUUUCCAUCUAGCAUUUUUUUCAAUAAAGAGACUCGGUUUUGAUAAACGUCUGCAGCCGGAAAAUCUUCUCUAGUUGGCGGCACUUUCAAUUUCUUCUUGAGGCAGUUUUCGAACAGAGGUACCACUGGCGGUGGCCUCUCUGCUUGCUUUCUUUCUGCCCAUUUUCUCAUGAGCUAUGUUGAAAAAAAAAAACUGUUCAGUUGUCACAAAAUUAUAAUAGUUUUGCAAUUAAAUAAUACGUUAUUAAUUGUUUUAAGUCUUUUAAAUCGUUGUUCAGAAAAAAAAGUGGACCUCCAUAGUCUGUGUUGGGGGGGGGGGGGGGCCCCAAAAAAGUGUGCUGCACGUGCAAAUUAAACCUAUUGACCUUAGCAUUACUUAUAACUAGCCCCGGGUAACUAGCGACUAUGAGCGAUUUGCGUGGGUGUUUGGCUCGUUUGAUAAGAUUACGCUGAGAUUUGCUAUGAAUAUGCUAUUUUGGUUUUGUCCGAGGAUGGCGCGUUUCACACACUUCUAUUAAGUCCCCCCCCCUCCCCGCGGUUUUUUUUAGGUCGUCGUUUUCUAGGUCAUCCUUUUCUGGGUCGUCGUUUUCUAGGUCAUCGUUUUCUAGACAACCUGAAAUUAAUGGCAUCUGCUCUACUUUAUCGACUGACAGAGCAUUUUCUUUCUUUCUAGAAUGACAUGCCUUUACUGCAAAAUAAGUUGAAGGAGCAAUUACAGCAGAAGAGGCUUUAAUGUGAACUUAUAAACUAAUAUUCUAGCUAAACCUCAAAGAACUCAGGGAGUGGGGAUUUUUACAGCGAGGGAAGGGCUAAUGCCGAUGGGAACAUACCAUUUCAAAAUUCUCUGGACCCUCCCCUUUCAGUUUUUAAAAGACAUUUUUGACGAAACAACAAGAAGCCCAGUCAAAACUCUGAGGGGCACUUAAUUUGAAUAAAAAAUUUAUUCCAACAUUCAUUCAUUUUAAUGUACUGUUAAAGAAAAGUUUUAAAAAAUCUUGAACAAAUCCAUUGACCUGAUGGGCAACCUUUCCCAAGAAAUAACUUGUAGAUAUCAUAUAGAUAAAGACUCCAUAGUAUCAAUGGCUUCCAACCAAAGUGCAUUUUCAUUUGCAACCUUAAUUAAAUUAUAUUACAAAGCAUAAGAUAAAUAAGCCUAAAUAAAUAAAUAAAUAAAUAUUAUUAAAUAAAUAGCAAUAUUGAUCCUUCUCCUCAAAUGUGAAACGUAAGUAUGGCGAUUUUUACACUGAGUCUACACUGUACAUGUAUUCAAUAAGGAACGUGAUAAUGUAUAUUGUCACCUAGCCUGGUGAUCUGGGGCCAUUCAAAGGAUGUUAUUCAGUAACAUCCACGUGAAAGGUCCUUUACCCCCGCGGAGUAAGAAGAGUCUUGAAACUUCAAAACAUCCUUUAAACGGAGACAGUCACAUCUUCUUGUUUGAAUCAAUCGAAGGAUGAUCGAAAAAGCAAGACAAGACCUCGAAACGAACAUCAGAUCAUCAGACAAAUCAGAGUAUACGAUCGAAGCAGAAGUAGACAUGAGUCACAGGUAAAUAUAUCCCACGAGGCGAGCCUUACGUUAUACGUUUUACGAAAUCCGACCGAAGAUUAAAGGGCCUUUCGACGGAUGUUAACGAUUGCUGACCGUUUAUAAAGAGAAGGAACAAAAUUGGCCCCAGAACAGUGCCCUGGGGGACACCGGAUAGUUCAGGUGCCCACUUGGACGAAGCACCAUUUACCACCACACGUUGCCUCCUACCAGUGAGAAAAGCCCGCAGCCAGUUGUUUAGUUUCCCAGAUAUACAGUAAAAUUUUGCCUUAAGGGGGAGCAUUUCGUGAUGAACAGUGUCAAAGGUCUUCCCAAAAUCGAGGAAGAUCUCAUCGACCUGCCCAUUGAUGUUAAGAACGCUUGCCCACUAACGAAGAUAUAACAUGCAUGGGUCUAUAUGAACCAAACACCACCAAAGUAGACGUCAAAAGAGUUAAGCAGUUUUUAUGUGACACUGACUUCUUAUCAAUAGCUAAACUUACAUUACUAGUGUCAAGACAAGUGAGUAGAAAAAAGAAAACUCGCAACAACUUAAUUUCAAUAUUUCCCGUAUCUUGAAUUGGCAACUAGCCCCGUAGGAGGUUUAUUUGACUUUAGUAAGUCUGAUUUUUCGUGUUGGUGGUAAAAAACAAACUCGAACUAAGAAUAUAUUUGUAGCUUGUGUUACUGCAAAAUGAAGACUGAUCUUGUAUUUUUUCUCUUUUUGCAUAUUAUAGCUUUCAUAUUUUAGCUGGGCAUUGUGAUUAUUUUUCUCUGGUCUUUAGUCGUUGAAGCCUUUGACCAAUAUUUUUAUGAACGUAUCUUGUAAUCUAAAUUUUACAUGUGUUUUCCACAGGUCCUCGUCGCUAUGUCUCAUCCAGUAAAUCGUUCCUGUUCUCGUUAUAUAACAUCAAUGGCUACGCUCCUGUUAAGGUGAACAUCAUGCCAGGUCAUCACAGUACCGCUAUUUACACAUGGUCCGGUUACGGACCAACCUUUGGUAGAGGACACGACCUGCACAUAUCCGGCAACGCUGGAAACAACAGCUAUCCCUACACCAACUGUGGCUGGUCCUACCCCCUCCCCCCUGGGUACUCUCCAUAUCACUCUUCCUGUCAAUUUUAUGCGGAUCCUACAAUUUCACUCCCACUGAUGUUGAAGUGUUUUACGAGAUAA